UUAGUUUUAAACAUCAGCAGAAAGCUCCUUCUGAUUUUAUAAGUGACUAUCACUGCUCUGAGAUGUGCUUGCACACUUUGUCUGGGGCAUGGAGGUGUUAAUGGAUUACUGAAAGGUGUUGACUCAGGUGUGUGUGUGAUACGAUCCUCAAAGUGUGCUCCAGUCUAGUUCAGACACCAGUCCUGAGUUCCAGUUUCCUCCUUCCCUCCUUUCUGAUCUGCUUUUUGUUUUCUAACGCUUGACUUGUCCUUCACCCUGCUCAUACAAAAGCAGCGUUUAUCAUCCUCGACUGACGUCCCCCUGCGAUGUCUCUCCUCUCUGUCGCCUAACGUUCACCCACCGUCAACAUGGACAUCGGAGGACUGACCACUGUGGUGGCAAACUCUGCGUACAUCAACGCUCGUGGAAGCAUCGAUGGCUCGAACCCAGCAGCCGCUCGGGAUAAGAAGUACCAUUCUCGCCUCAAGCUACCCCACAUCACCGUGUGUGAGGGUCUGAGGGACACCCUAGACUUGGCCUUUGACUCCGUCUGUGUCCAACAGCCCAUCGGCAAACGCCUUUUUAGAGAAUUUUUGGAGGCAAAUCAAGAAUAUCAUGGUGCUUGUCGUCUGUGGAAAGACAUUGAGGAGUAUGACCUCGUGGAGGACUCUGAAAGGGCAAAGAAGGCCUCUAAGAUCGUUCAGCGGUACAUGGACCCAUCGGCGAAACACUUCUGUCCAUACUUGCUGGAGGACCUCACGUCCAAGGUGAAGGAAAACCUGGAGUCCGUAGGGGAUGACCUGUUUGCUGCAGCUUUGGAUAAAACCCUGGAGUACCUGCGAGAGGCUCCGUUCACGUUCUACCUGGAGAGCAUGUACCUGAAGAGGUUCCUGCAGUGGAAGUGGCUGGAGAUGCAGCCCAUGGAUGCAGACUGGUUCCUGGACUUCCGUGUGCUGGGGAAAGGUGGGUUUGGAGAGGUGUCUGCUUGUCAGAUGAAAGCCACUGGAAAACUUUAUGCCUGUAAGAAACUCAACAAGAAGAGGCUGAAGAAGAGGAAGGGCUAUGAGGGGGCGAUGGUGGAGAAGCAGAUUCUUGAAAGAGUCCACAGUCGCUUCAUUGUGUCUCUGGCGUAUGCUUUCCAGACAAAGGAAGAGCUGUGUCUGGUCAUGACAAUCAUGAACGGAGGAGAUCUCAAGUAUCACAUCUACCUGGUGGAUGAAAACAACCCAGGAUUCGACGAGCCCAGAGCCUGCUUCUACAUCGCACAGAUCAUCCAGGGCCUGGAGCAUCUCCACCAGAACCGAAUCAUCUACCGAGAUCUUAAACCAGAAAACGUGCUGCUUGAUAAUGAUGGGAAUGUGCGUAUCUCUGAUUUGGGUCUUGCUGUGGAGCUAAAAGAAGGUAAAACGAUGACGAAAGGCUAUGCUGGAACUCCAGGCUAUAUGGCCCCAGAGAUGCUGAAAGGAGAAAAAUACGACACCUCAGUGGACUACUUUACCUUAGGGGUGACCUUGUAUGAGUUCAUUGCUGCUAAAAACCCCUUCAGAAACAGGGGGGAGAAGGUCGAACGUGAAGAGAUGAAGGAACGCAUCAUGACUCGUGAGAUAACAUACCCAGAUGGUUUUAGUGAGGAAGCCAAGUCCCUGUGUGACGGGCUCUUGGCCAAAGAGGUCAAUCAGAGGAUGGGUUUGAAGAAUGGAUGCUGUGAUGAAAUCAGAGCACAUCCUUUUUUUAAGAGCAUUAACUGGAGGAAACUGAAUGCAGGUAUUCUCCCCCCUCCUUUUGUGCCCGACCCUAAAGUGGUUUAUGCCAAAAGUCUGGAUGACGUUGGGGCUUUCUCCUCGGUGAGGGGCGUCGCCCUGGAGGAUCUUGAUAAAUCCUUUUUUGACGAGUUUUCCACGGGGAACAUCUCCAUCCCGUGGCAGGAGGAAAUGAUUGAGAUGGGCAUUUAUGGAGAGCUCAACCUUUGGGGCCCUGAAGGAACCAUCCCAAACGAUCUCCGCAGGGAGUCCAUCCUAGAGCAGCCAAAGUCUUCUACGUGCUGCAUAAACUGAACCAAUAUGGACUUUUAAUUAGCUAGAAUAUGCAUCUUUCAAACUCCUCAGGAAGGACUCAAAGUUACUUCUGAACUUUCAGAUCACAGAUUAAAAUCAUUCUGGGACCUUCAUUUCUGCAGGCAAGAAGAAGAAAAUGAAGGAUUUUAAACUUUGUCACAAACGUAAACAUUCACAUCGUUAAAUUUAUGUCUUUUGUGUUCCUUCGUUCCUUUUUCUUCAGUGUCAACCUGCCCACCAAUCACUUAUUUUUAGGAAGAAUCUAAUUCUUUAAGAGCUUUUAAAAACAAGCAGCUGUAGUGAUCAUCUGGUGCUGUUGAACAUCUUUGUUUCUGUUGCACUUUUCUGCUUCAUAGAUAACAAGUUAUUUAAUGUAAAGU